AUGGUUAUGAGCACGUCCGUGUCUAUCAGCGCGGCCCCGCCGAUCGGCGCGCAGAUCGGGACGCGGGGGCCUGCUGCCCGGGUUCGCGCCGCUGCGUGGCUCCCUCCCUCCCUCGCUGCCCGCGACGGGCCGGACGCGCGCGGGCGCGCGGCGACGCUGGAGGAUCCUGGGGAGCGGACCAGGUCAGGAUCUCCUGCGCAUGCCCCCGUCAGCUUGGCCGUCGUCCCGAGCGAGAGGACGCGAGCUGGUGCCCGCUUCGAGCAGCUGGGCGCUGCUGCACCCGCUCGCGAGGACGAGGACGAUCGUUCCGCGACCAGGGCUGCGGGCCCUGCGAUUAACCCUGCUUCCCCGCCUUCCGCGGGGCAUGCCACGGUCCGUCAACGCGCUGGGCACCGAUGA